AUGCACAAACCACAGGCAAUUUGCCAUAUCAAGAUCAUUCGUAAAGACCGCUUAGGUAAACGAGGAGGUGGAGUUUGCGUUCUGCUUCAGAACAAUAUUGAAUUCAAACUGGUCCAAAUAGAUUCUACAGAUAUUCAUUCUGACAUUCUCUGCUUUGACAUUUUAGGUUUUUCAUUUGAUCAUUUACGUUUUAUUGCGGUUUAUCGCCCUCCUAAGCAGAGUUCCUCUGAUGAUGAGAUAUUAUGCAAUCUUUUGGUUGAUUUAUGUUCUUCUUCCCCCAACGUGGUUAUACUUGGAGAUCUUAACCUUGAUAUUGAUUGGUCUAAAAUAGAAUCCCCACUAGCCAAACAAAAUAAAUUCAACCGUUUUAUUUCGCUGUUUUCAAUGCUGAGCCUUAAACAACAUUGCUUCACAACUCCAAAUCUUGUGGUGAAUGCUGUUAUUGAACCGCCUUUGGGUACCUCAGACCACAACAUUGUGGUAUUUUCGAUCGAAACAGAGGAGCGCAGUCUGGCCAAACGCGUCUACAAAGAUUACACCAAAGCUAAUAAAGAAGCCAUUAUAGCUGAACUCAAUACAAUUGAUUGGUUCACCAUUUUCCACAAUUAUCAAUCGAUCGAUGACGUCUAUGAUAGAUUUCUGCUCGUACUGCAUUCCCUCAUCGAUCAGUUUGUUCCUGUCAAAGUAUUCACCCAUUUUAGUGAGUCCUAUCCCCCCUACAUCAGGAAUCUUUAUCAACAGCGUGAAAGGCUGUUUCGAGUUCUAGAUAAUCCCUUGACAUCAGCUGAAUAUAAAAGAGUAAAUAAGGAUUUCACCUUUCAUCUGAGAAGGUAUCUUGCUUUUAAAGAGAGAAAAAUGGCUAAAUGUCGCAACAUGAAAACUCUCUUUGCUUAUAUUAGUAAGCGACUCAGUAAAAAGAAUCGUUCCUCAUGCCUUUAUGAUAAUAGUGGACAUCUCCUCACAACUGCCCCUGAAAAAGCCAAUGCUUUAGGUGAAUACUUUGCUACUGUGUUUUCGCCAACUGAAAAUGGUGGUCUCAGCUUUCCAUGUCGCGUUCGGUCGGACUGCCCUCUGCCUGUUAUAGACCCAACUCAAGUCUAUAAAUACCUCAAAAAAAUUAAAAGCUCGGCAUCUUUACCGUCCGACGGUAUUCCAGCCAUUUUUUACAAAAUCAUGAAUGCUCGGAUGAAUGAAGUUGUGGAUCGUUUGUCUGAAUUCACCAGAGAUUGGGGCCUAGAGCUCAAUUUCAACAAAACUUGUGUUCUCACUUUGGGAAAAAGAUCAUCUGAACUCUCUUUAACAAACAUUCCCUCGUCAUCUAUUGUAACUCAAACACGGGAUCUCGGCGUAACUGUUUCUAGCUCUAUGACUUGGGAUCGCCAUAUUGACGAUAUUACUACGCGUGCCCUUCGUUGUCUUUUUAGCCUUUUUAGGACGGUUAAAUCGUCAGAU